AUAAGAGUAAAGAGGGAGGGGAAAAAAGUUUGGGACUUUCCCUCUGCCCUCGCUCUUUGCAAGCCGAGUUGGGAGGAAAGUCUUUUUCUCCCGCGUGUAUCUUGUCUAAGGAGUCACAGCGCAGGCAGACAAGCCAACGGCGGUCUCAACUCGUCAAAGUCCGCCACUGAAUUCAGUGCCUAAAGUGCACACUCUCUCAGAGGCUGUCUCCUGGAUUCCUUCGCUAUACUUCAGAUCUUUUGGGAGCCUCAGUUUUGACGUGUGGACAUUUGAUUUUUUGGCAGCGAAUUUUUGCUGAUAACGGUUUCAGUAUUUUUUUAAAAAAAGGAUCUUCUAUAUGUAAGGUUCUUAUUUGGGUUUCCCCCAUUUAGUUAUUUCUUGCCGUUUGAAGCCUUUCAGCUCACGCACACGGACCAGAUUAUCCCCAAAAUCUUCACUGCUAACCAGAUAAGAUCAAAUAUUCUUCGCUAAGGUGAAGAAAGCAAAGCUUCCUGAUUUAAGAGAAAGGUUCCCGUUACUGAACUAUGAUCAGCUACCAUGGCAGCCCAAGCACAGACCACUGCCUCUGAAAAGAAAGAGGGGAAGAGCUCCAUUAUCGAAGGGGAUGUCUUUGGUGAGGCAAACAAAAAGUCAGCAGGCUCCACAGCAGCGCGAGCCUCGCACCACAUCUUCCCGGCAUUCCACACGCCUAUACCGAUCGACAUGCGACAUCAUGAGGGAAGGUACCAUUACGAGCCACACUCUAUCCACGCUAUCCACGGGCCUCCUCUGGCUGGAAGCCCAGUCUUCUCCGACAUCUCCCUCAUCCGCCUCUCUCCUCAUCGGAAUCCAGCAGGGACAGGGGAGUCCCCCUUCAGCCCACCCCACCCUUACGUCAACCCCCACAUGGAACAUUACCUGAGGACCAUGCACGGGAGUCCCACACUCUCUAUGAUUUCGGCUGCAAGAGGCUUGAGUCCAGCUGAUGUUCCACAUGAGCACUUGAAGGACAGAGGUCUGUUUGGCUUGCCUCCUCCCCCACCAGGAGCUAACCCAGCUGAGUACUACCAUCAGAUGACCCUAAUGGCCACUCAUCGAAGUCCAUACGGUGACAUCCUCAUGCAGACCAGUGGAACGGGCGGUCCGACGCACAUCACAGAUUACAUCAACCCUGUGGACAUGUCAAGGUUCUCCAGUCCUCGCCCAGCCCCGAGGAUGAGCAGGAAGAGAGCCCUGUCCAUCUCCCCGCUCUCCGAUGCCAGCAUUGAUCUACAGACUAUGAUCAGAACAUCCCCCAACUCGUUGGUGGCUUACAUCAACAACUCGCGGAGCAGUUCGGCAGCCAGCGGCUCAUACGGGCAUCUGUCAGCAGGUGCAAUCAGCCCAGCUUUCAGUUUUCCUCACCCAAUCAACCCAGUGACCAUCCAGAUGCACCAGCAGAUACUGAACCAGCAACGCACCCUGAACUCCGCAUUCGGCCACACUCCACCCCUCAUCCAGCCAUCACCACCCUUCGCCCCACGACAGCACUUGUCCAGCACGUCUGCAGUUUUGCCACCCACUCAAGCCAACAAUGCCUCUUCUGAGGUCUCUCAGAGCAAACUGAGUGGAGAGUCUGCUGUGAGCAGCACCGUGGACCCCCUGAUCAACAAACGCACCAAAGUUAAAAGUGAAGUGGAAGGCCCACGGACUGUCUCUCCCAUCACUGAGGACCGUCUGGCAGGGCUGACUGAGGCGAAGGAUGACUUGGAUAAAGAUGACUGUAAACAGGAGCCCGAAGUCAUUUAUGAGACGGUGUGUCACUGGGAAGGCUGCAGCAAGGAGUAUGACACUCAGGAGCAACUGGUGCAUCACAUUAACAAUGAGCACAUCCACGGGGAGAAGAAGGAGUUUGUUUGUCGGUGGCGGGACUGCUCCCGCGAGCAGAAGCCGUUCAAGGCGCAGUACAUGCUGGUGGUGCACAUGAGGCGGCACACCGGGGAGAAACCACACAAAUGCACUUUUGAGGGUUGCAACAAAGCCUACUCACGACUCGAGAACUUGAAGACUCACCUCCGGUCACACACUGGGGAGAAGCCGUACGUCUGCGAGCAUGAAGGCUGCAACAAAGCCUUCUCCAAUGCCUCAGACCGAGCCAAGCAUCAGAAUCGGACUCAUUCCAAUGAGAAACCUUACGUUUGUAAAAUUCCCGGAUGCACCAAGAGGUACACAGACCCAAGCUCGCUGAGGAAACACGUGAAAACCGUGCACGGGCCGGAGGCCCACGUGACGAAAAAGCAUCGCAAUGACGUGCACCCGAGGCCUCCACCGCCCAAAGAGCCGAAUGACCACGAUGCAGCCAUUGGCCACAGUAACAGAGUGUCUGAAGGGAAGGGCGAAGCGAACAGCACCAGUGGAGGCCCGGAGGACAGCCUGCAAGUGAAAACCAUCAAAACUGAAAACUCCGUGAUGUAUCAGUCCAGUCCUGGUGGCCAAUCUUCAUGCAGCAGUGAACCAUCGCCACUUGGCAGCACCAACAACAAUGACAGUGGAGUAGAAAUGAACAUCAACAGUGGAGGUAGCCUGGGAGAUUUGACCGCAUUAGAUGAUUCCCCAAUUGUGGACUCCACUGUUUCAUCUGGAACUUCAGCAAUCGGCCUUCAGUUGAGAAAGAACAUGACAGCAUCCCAAAGACUUGAGCAACUAAAGAAAGAAAAAUUGAAGCAGGUUAGAGAUAUUUCUUCAUGGGCAAACCCAAUGCCACCAGUCAAAAACACAAAGCUUCCUCUCAUCCCCUUGAAUGGAACUUCACUGGAGAAUUCAGGUACUGGUGGUUCUGCUGCUAUAUUGCCGAAUCCCAGAAUAAUGGAGCUGUCCAACAGUGAGAUCACUGUGCUGAAUCAAUGGAAUGAUCGCCGGGACAGCGCCACAAGUACGAUCAGUUCAGCUUACACUGUCAGUCGCAGAUCCUCUGGCAUUUCCCCUUACUUAUCCAGUCGCCGUUCCAGUGAGGCUUCUCACAUUGGUGGCCGUCCAAAUAACAUCAGCUCUGCCGACUCUUAUGACCCCAUCUCGGCUGAUUUAUCGCGGAGGUCCAGCGAGGUCAGUUACUGCGGCUCGCUCAACCUCACACCGGCGGAGCAGUACCGGCUGAAGGCCAAGUACGCGGCUGCAACGGGCGGGCCGCCGCCGACUCCACUGCCAAACAUGGAACGAAUGAAGGCGAGGGCCACCCUCCUGGGUGAGGGCCUCAGUUCAAUGAUUUCCCCCUUCCCGCCUCCCGCUGCUCAGAGGCGAUGUAGCGAUGGUGUCCCGCGGGGAUACGGUACAGCAGCGCUCAGGCCCCAUGAAGUGGCUGGCAACAGCACCCGCCGGGCCAGCGAUCCCAUAAGGAGGACCGCUGUGGAUCCGCUGGCUCUUCCCAGAGUCCAGCGUUUCAGCAGCAUGAACAGUAUGAACCCACUGCCCUUGCCACCAGCCAUGGACAAAAGGCACUUCGGCCUUCUGAUCAGCACUCGCUCGGAUGGGAGCCUCCACAGGUGUGCCUACUCACCUCGGCCUCCAAGCAUCAGUGAGAACGUUGCUAUGGAGACAGUGGGAGCCGACAUUAGCACUCAGGCUGUUGAGGACGACAUCAUGCUGCCUGACGACGUGGUGCAGUACAUCAACUCUCAGGAAAAUCGGCUGGCCCAAGAGAGCAGUUCGUUGAGUUACGCUGGCCAGAUGCAAGGCUUCCAAGAAAGCAUGAGCAUGCAGAAUCAGAACGUGUACAGCCAGCGAGGGGUCGCGAUGGUAGGUAGCAAUAUGAACCAAUCAGGCUCUAUGAUGGCACAGUGCGAGAUGAGUCCAGGGAGUCAACCAUACCAGGGUUCAUCUGACCUGAACAAGAACACCAUGCCGGUUCAGUGGAACGAGGUUAGCUCAGGUACCGUGGAUGUCAUUCCCGAUCAGUCAAAGCAGCAGUUCUCCCGUUCAAACUUGGCGCUCGUUCAGCAAAAGCAGAUGUUCGACCAAUACCAGAAUCUCAACCCUGCCCAAGCGGCUGUUACAAUGAAUCAGAAUGAAAUGACUCUGGCACCACAAGGGUUAAUGCAGAGAAACAUUGGACAGAAAGGGAACUAUCUGCAACAACCACAGCAGAUGAGUCUGUGUGAGAAUGCUAAUCUGCCUCUCAGCCCACAGCAAACCUACAACCAGUCCAGCCAAGUGCUGAGUCCCAACAUUACUAGCAGGACCCUAAGCCAAACAUCUUGCAGUAAUAUGCCUGUGAACAAUAUUAUGGGUUCAGCUGUGCCAGCGGGUACUCAAGACUUUAAGCAGAUAGCAAUGACUCAAAACAAGGAUCCAGCCCUCAAAAGCUAUGCUCCAGCUGAACAGGUCCAUGCGCCAAUUCAUCAGCAGAUGACAGCCACAAGCGAGGCGUCAAUGGCGAUGAAUGGGUGCCGUGGGAGAGGGGAAUCAGGCCAAGUCAUGCAUCUUGCAAGCCAGCAGAGCUAUGGGUCUCAUGUCCAGUCUGGUAGAAAUCCAGACUGUGCCAACUUUGGUGUUCAUGGUGUCCUAAGCCAAACCAAUUCCCACAUCAGCCCAAAUCAGCAGAACUUCAGCCAACAGGGACAAAAUGUCAUGAAUUCUGUUGGGCACAAUAUAAGUCGUGGAAUGAUGCAGGCUCAUCCACCGCAGAGCUCAAAUCCAUCAGUGCGGCAGCAUGGUCUGAUGAAUUCAGUAAACAUGCAGCAACAGAGUUACUUGCAACGACCACUUCAGAUGAAUGGGAUGGGCCCCAGCCAUGGACACUCUGAAGUAAGCCAAAGCCAGCCUAGUAAUCAAUUGUCAAUGCAGUCCCAGCAGUGUCAUACCGAUGGCCCCAACAGCAACAUGAUGUUUUAUUCUGGUCAAAUCCACAUGUAUGAACAAAAUGGUAACUAUAAUGGACAAAUGGACUGUGCUGUUCAGCAGCAACAGCACAUGUCAAGUGUUAAAGCUACAACGAUGUCUUCACCAGGCACCAACCAGGUAUCAAGUACUGUCAAUUCCCAUAGCCUAGAUCAAGCACAGAUAGAUUUUGAUGCUAUCAUGGAUGAUGGUGACCAUUCUAGCUUGAUGUCAGGGACACUAAGCCCCAGCCUUCUGCAGAAUCUCUCCCAGAAUUCUUCCCGCCUCACUACUCCCCGGAAUUCUCUGACUCUGCAGCCCAUUCCAGCCGGAUUGACUAAUAUGGCAAUAGGAGACAUGAGCUCUAUGUUGACUACCUUGGCCGAAGAAAAUAAAUUUCUUAAUAUGAUGUCUUAAAUGGGCAAAAAUAGGAAUGAACAUUGUACAAUUUCUAAUUCCCGCCAACUUCAAAGCAAGAUGCCUAAAACAGAUUCUUUUGAAACAGUAACAUUCCCAAGGAAAGCAAUUUUUUUUAUAGACUUUGUAUUUUAAUGUAUAAAAAGAAACCUUUAUUAUUCUGCAAUGUACUUUCUGCAAGGGAAUCUGGACAUUUUACAAAGGCUUGUAUAUUUGUGAAUAGGGAUUUUCUGUUGUGUUUUGAAGAAAUAGCCAGUGAACUGAUACGUUACGUCCGGAGGUGUAUUAUUCGAACUGGGACUCUUGGCUUGUUUCAAACUUGUUGUAAAGCACUGAUAAUGUACAAUAGACCAAACAGACAAGGGCACAGACCAAAAAUUGCCCAUUUCUUCCAUAUAAAUAGUAGAUGUGUGCUUUCUUACAUUUCACUGGUGUGAACAUUUCAUUGUGCAUCAUUUGAUUCAGUGUCACUGAAAACUAUUCUAGGUUGGCUGAGGUAAAGAACAAUAGGUACAUUGACAAGUGCCAUCAAAGCCAUAUUGUAUACCACUUCCUUCUCAGAGAUUAGCUCUUAAUAUCCUGCAUCUGGGUAACUUGCCAUAGUAAAAUCUCAUGACAAUACAGACUCAAGUGUAUGAACAUUGUCCGUUGUAAAUGAUAUGGCACCAAAGAUCUAGGAAUGCCCAUGUUAUCAUGUCAAAAAGUGCCUUACUAUGUCAUGUUAUUUUCAAAUAGUGAAGGCAUCCUUUCUGUUUAAGAAAUUUUGGAAACAAUUUGCUUGUAAUAUGGCAGCGCUAUUGGUACAAUACUAGUUAACAUGCAGUGGUUUAAUGAAAAUAGUUUCUUUAUAUGUGAGGAUUAUUGUGAACGAUAUGCAAAUGUCUUUUCAAUAUAUAUGAACUGAAAUGUGUUCUUUGUUGUGCGUUCUUAGUGCAUAAAGCAUCUCAUGUAAAGAAAUUUCAAGCAUUGGACCCCUAUUCCAGUUUGUAAAUAUACGACAUGUUAAAACAGUGUUUUGAAUAAGAGCGCCAAACUGACUAUUUUUAAUCAACAUGUAGCCAGCACAUUCCCUGUAACCAAUUUCAAAACAUGGAAUAGAUCCAAUGAUCAAAAUGUAUAUACGCUUUUUGUACAAUAACAAACUUUUCUUUAAUAAAAGCAAUGUUG